CGAAGAAGUCGGCACCAAUAGCAGUAGAAACAGCAUUAGCACGCUAUGAUGAAGGGAUUGUGUCCGUGAAGUUCUUGUGACCAGGCGAAAAACUCUGCGGGAACAGAGCUGAUCAGUCGUAGCUUGCUUUUCAUCAAAAGCGUUCCGUGUCACGUAAAUGCGCCAGCCAAAAAUCAACUUCUUCAGGCCUCUGCUGUGCGACUUUGAGAAACUUUUAAGAUUAAGUGCAUAUGUUCAGUGUGCGCACACGUGUACAGAUAUUUUCCCUCUAUAAAAAUGAGCUUCGCUUUAAGAUGUGACAACAAGUAGUGCCAGCGAUUUCCAACUGUUUAAACCUAACAAUAUUGUACACUGGUGCUUUUUUAUUUCCAUUAAAAAGUAGAUUCUUUGGUGAUUGAUUAUCCUCGCUAGCAAACAACUAGAGGUUUUCUUAGGUCUGCGUUCGCAAGUGAUAAAUCACCUACUAGUGACAAUAUGCAAUUAAGAACGGGUAAGGAUAUAUCUGCAUUGACUCUGCUUACUACUGACAAGAUUGCCGCCUUAAGGACGGCGGCCAUAUCAACUUUAGUAGCGGGCACUGCACAGGCGCGAAAAGAUAGUAGUCUAUUGAAGCUUGAAUUUGAUGAACGUUAUGCGUCUCUAACAGAGAAUGAAUGUCUGGCUGCACAGAAGGGCUGGAAAGUCGAAGCUUUAGCAGCUGGCUCUGGUUUAGCAUGGUGUCCGAUAGUCUGGGACGGCAUCUCCUGCUGGCCGCCAGUACCGGUAGGCGAAUCUGCUGAGAAACCUUGUAAGCCUCUGCUCGCUAAUAUUGGAAGAACGCACCAUAUCUAUGACCACACAGAUGCCCAUGCUUAUCGUGUCUGUGGGCAAAAUGGCCGUUGGAUGGAGAAUCAGACCAACUACAAUGCGUGCGUAGCACUGAUCAAUCCAUCGGCGGUGUCGCCGCCAUCACUCGCUAUGACUGUGACGGGUAUUCUUCUUGUAUUUUCUUGUAUUUCAUUGAUAUUCCUCACCGCUACAGCUUUCAUAUUUACGCAUUUCAGAUCCUUACAUUGCAGUCGUACGCGGGUUCAUUUAAAUCUUGUCGUGUCUCUGAUGAUAAAUUCAGUCAUGCUAAUUUCGCUAUCGAUGCCUAUCGCCCUGAACUCGACUGAUGAAGAGGACGCUGGAGCACUCAUCCGACAAAUUCCAUGGUUAUGCAAAGCUAUCCUCGUGUUCAAGAUGUACUCAUCGUCGUCAUCGAUCAACUGGAUGUUCGUCGAGGGACUUCUGCUUCAUUCACGAAUUACUACCUCGAUCUUUCAAACUAAGCCCGCGCCCUUUAAAUUGUACCACUUCAUUGGAUGGGGAGUUCCCUUGGCUUUCUGCAUCCCGUGGGCAAUCCAGAUGGAAGAGGCAAUGGGCUCCUCCACUUGUUGGGAGGGUUACGUCUAUUCGUCCUGGCUGUGGUUGAUCAUCGCUCCACGACUCGUUGCAGUCAUUGUUAAUUUUAUAUUUCUUGUGAACAUUAUUCGCAUACUCGUGACACGAGUAAAGGCUGUCUCCGUAGAAAACACGCAGUUCAAGAAGGCGACCAAGGCGACGGUCCUGCUCUUCCCACUGCUCGGGCUCACACAUCUCCUCUUCUGCAUCAAUCCACAAGAAGCGGAACCCAGACUCAGAAACAUGUACAUGCUGACCAACAGCAUUCUUCAGUCGUCGCAGGGAAUUUUCGUGUCUGUGAUCUAUUGCUUCAUGAACUCGGAGGUGCAGGCUUGUCUUCGAAAUGCAUAUUUACGUGCCGUGCUUCGACGGAAUCCAAACCAGCGAUCCUUGCUUAGAGGAGGGCAUUCACAGACGUCAAUAUACCUCACACACUUCAGCCAUCGUCACAAUCAGCAUCACAUUAAUGGGUCGUCGAACACCACAACAGGUCAUAAUCUGCAACCAGCCAGUACAGCAGCAGGUGAAAAAAAGGUUGACAGGACAACUUUGGAUAGGCAUCAUAACCGGAUAAACAACUACGGCAAGGUUAUACGGAAAUACCCUCCAGAUCUGGUUCCAGAGGCUACAACGACAAUACGAUAUUUACCUAAUUCAGGAGCUUUCCAUUCGGAACGACUUAUCACAUCGUCACCAAGAGAGGUCCAACUGUAACUAUUCUCAGUAGACCACUCUAUAUUUUGACCGUAUGGCAUAUAUAAUAGUACUAGCAGAAGUCAUAAUAUGCUAUUUCAAGUACGGCAGUACGUACUCAUAGCUGCCUGCCUAACUGGCUUUCUCAACACGAGUUGCUCCUCUGAUCUUCAUAUAAUCAUCACGUAUAGAAACGCCAAUGGAAGUACACAUUCGUAGAGCACAUCUGUCUGUACUAUGAUUUACGGUCGCUUUGUUGCGUUGAUGAUCUAUGAUGAAUAGCCUUGUAUAGAUAAGUACUAUAACUAUAGUUACAAUGAAUGCUAUAUACCAUUAGCGACAGUUAUCAGCUGCAUGAUGCUCACACACCUACGGCUAUCUUCGAGAAUAAGAUCAUUGUAUCAGAGACGCAUAUGAUAGCCGUUGAAGCAUGCGCGAAAUCAAGGAACUUGAGUGUUAGAACUUGUUGUAAAUACGCUCUACUUUCUAUUUUGUGAAAAAAAAAAAACAAAAAAAAAAUUCCAAUAUUUUAGGUUUAUCGUUUCAUCUACCGCGCACGCCCCGGACUUAGUGUACAUAUUUAAGAAGCAACUAUUUCUUUGCGUCCCGAAAAAAGUUGAUCCGGGGAACCAUCGAGUCGUUAGAGUAACAAAUACUAAUGCAACUGUCUAUAAUAUCUACGACGAGGGAACAUGAUGAAAAAUUUAUUUGAAUUUCUUUUUGUUUAGAACAAUUUAGAAGUCCUAUAGAGGAUUAGGUUGAAAUUUUCGCUUAGAACCCUAGUCUAGUCUCAGUGUGUUGGCAACGUCGCAUUUGUUUCCUGCAGUUUGCAAAUUAUAGAACGCACUCUAAAGCGGCCGCGUAUUAGAUUCAGAGAAAAAUUCUAUUAAAAAGAAUAAAUGUAAAUAAAGUGAAUUAUGAAGAUUCGGGUUUCCUCCCCGGAACCUUUUUCUUAAAGACAAGUUCCCUUACUAUUUUAUUAAGUUGAUUAGUUAUUGAAGAAAACAAAUAAUGACAAUGAUCGGAGUUAACAGUGCUGCGGCACAACAUUUGUACCUGCUGUGAAUACUUGAAAAAAAUUACAAAAUAGUUCAUCACUUAGGUAAUGUAUUAGACCAGAGCUAACUUCAAAGUACACUUACAAACAGCGACGGAUGAAAGGUACAAAAGCCGGCUAAAGACAGAAAUAACGGAAGGAAAUCGCGCGAAUAUAUAUAUAUAUACUGUGCUAAAAAAGGUAUUGACAAAAUGCUAGCCUUUGGUGUCGUAUCAUAGUUAGGUUGGCGAUGCGUGCGUGCGUGCGUGCGUGCGUGUUAUUUAUGUGCAUUGCAAUUCGAUGGCAUUUUAGCUAUAAUUUCUGAUUCAUUCAGAUCGUUAUGUGCCUAUAUUGCAGAAGACUUUUCCUGAUAUCAAUCGCCUUUUAGUUGACGCUAAAUAGACAAAUGCCACCAUCGAUUUUGAGAAUCGAAGAGUCACCGUCGGACGAACUUUCCUAAAGGGUUAGAUAUCUCGUACGAGUUAUGUUCGGCUAUGUUAAAAGAUCUUUUAGAGGGGCGACAUUUCCGAACAUCUCGAGGCCAGUUUCCCUAGGGGCUUCCAGAGGGGCUAGAAGAAAAAAGCUUUGAAAUGCUUGAGACUAGGGCUAACGUCUACUCGUAUAAUUAAGUUUGAAAACUUUUUGUCAACGAAUGAAAAGGUAGCGGAGAAGUGAAAGUAUGUUGAACCUGGUGGAAGCGGACAAUAAUACUGUCCAACAAACCAGUGUGUAUUAAGUUUAAUUUUAAACAAAGCGUUGCUUAUUCUAUUAUAUUGCAGUUUGUCCCGUGUUGGUUUGUCAAGACAGUUAGCUAGAAUUUUAAUCGUCAGUUAUUAUGCACUGAUAUGACGCCUAAGCAUACUAAUGAGAAAAACGAUAGGCUGAGUAAAUGUUUUAAGUUUCACAUCCGAUGCGUCUGCUUUCACAACUAAAUCACCUCUUCAAUCACAGAAACAAUGGAAUAAAUAAAUAAAUGUGUACAGCUCUAUGUAUGGUACUGUCGUUGAAAAUAAUUAACAAGUAUAGGGAUUCGUUCGUA